CACCUGUCAAUGGCACAGCUCCUAGUGUGCAGAAGAAGCACCCUGGUAGUGCCAUGAAGAAAAAAGUCAUGAAGAAGCAGGACAAAGAAGAAGCAGUGCCCUUACUGCCCAGUGCACCCACCCUCCCUGGGGAUGGCAGCUUCCCAGGCAGCUCCUCAGUGACCUCGCAGACGGCCACUGGGGCCAAGCGACGAGAGGAGCCGCCCCGUGGGCACGGGCAGAGGGACAGAGUGUUUGCAGACCCUCAGCAGUCCUUGCAGGAGGCACUCUCCAUGCUGGGCAGCGAUGACUGGGAACUGAAGGAGAAGGGACUCUUCAACAUCCCACGCCUGGCUGAGUCCCAUCCAGAAGUCCUGCUCUGUCGACUUCGUGAGAUUUGCUUGGCAGUUACCAGUGAGGUGAGAACAUUGCUCUGA